CAUUUAAUAUCACCCACUCCCCUCCCCUCCCUAGCUACUGUACGCCAUCGCCGUCGGUGACUGCUGGAUCUCCAUUCAUACGUAUCAGACCAACCAACCAACCAAAACACCCACCCACAGUCAUACAUAGGACGACAUAAGUCAAACAAACACUUGUGCUUAUACCGCAAAACCUCUGUAUGAAGAAAUGAAAGACGAAGAGGCGCAAAUAAUUACUUCUGCAGGGAAGAAAGAGCAAAGCUCAGAUGGCGGCCAUGGCUUCUUUGGUAGAGGGAAAUACAAGCUUUGGGUUAUAGUUGCGAUUCUCCUGCUAGCAUUUUGGUCCAUGUUCACCGGCUCCCUCACUCUCAGUCUCAACCGGGUUUCCGAUUCUUCCGGGUUCCCGGUCCACGAUGAUCUUGAUGUUCUGGAAGUGGAGGAGAGGGAGAAGGUAGUGAGGCAGAUGUGGGAUGUUUAUACUCAGAGUCGGAGUAGCAGAUUGCCUAAGUUCUGGCAAGAAGCUUUCGAGGCGGCGUACGAGGAUAUGACCAGUGAUUCCGCCGCCGUCCGAGACGCCGCCGUGUCGGAGAUUGCCAAGAUGUCAUUACUAUCCACUGCCACUUCGGAAUCCAUGUCUAAUCAAAGAGAAACAGAAGCAGAAACAGAAAGAGGCCACGCCAUCAAUCUUGGGAAGAAGCAAUAGAUGCAAUAUGGGAUUUUGCGUAGCCUUAAAACAUUGUUACCCGAAGGGUGAAUACAAAAUGAUGUUAUAGUAUACCAUAUAUAAGUUUAUUACAAUAAUGUAUGUAUAAUGUUUUUAUUCAUUAUGUCAUACAAUGCAUUUAUGCUGCAAUUCUAUCUGCAACCUAGCAUUCUGUGCCAAUCUCAGGAUAAAGUUGAAGUUC